CUCUUACAUCCACCCCCGACCAAAAUGGCCCUCGACACCGCCCCCAACGCCGCCCCCGUCGAGCAACAAGAGUCUGCCGGAUUCUUCGGCUCCCUCGUCAACUACUUUGUCCCCACCGCCCACGCCGACGACUCUGAAGAAGAGGAGGAGGCUCCUGCCGCUGAGGAAGAGCCCGCUGAGGAGGAGGAAGAGGAAGAGGAGGAGGAAGAGCCCGAGGACAUUGCCCCCGCUAUUCGUGAGGAAUGCGCCGAGAAGCAAUGCGGCGAGCACGUCCACCACUUCAAGCACUGUACCGAGAAGGUUGAGGCCGGCGAGGGAUUCCCGGGAGAGGACUGUGUGGAGGAGUUUUUCCACGUUUUGCAUUGUGUCGACGUGAGUGUUACUCUCUUUGAAGGAAACAAAACGAGUUUAAAGUGAGGCCGGAGGCGAGGAUGUCAAGAUCGAUACACAUUGCCGAUCGAAGCGGGAGCCGAAAGAACGCUUGAAGCGACGAAUGCUGAUACAUGGAAUCCCUAGGGUUGCGCCGCCCCCAAGAUCUUCAAGAAGCUCGUAUAGAGGAAUCUAGAGAAUCUUUGUUUUCUCUAUUCCCUCUCCUUUUCCCUGGGGCGACUCCUCUUGGACGAUUUUACCCUGCCCUCUUCAGAACGAGGAGGGCUGCCACUUUGCAUUGUUGAAAAAAAACCCGAAAAAAACAGACCUAGACAUGAGGGAGAUGUAAUUCUUCCCCAUUUGACUUCUGGAGCGAGUUGUUGAGCUUGGAUGUGGUGGGUGCGAGGCGUGGAACGAUCAUUCGUUUGCCUGCGACCGGGCCUUCACCAUACAACUAAGCAAGAUCCUACUGACGAAGGCUGAACGCAACUUGAGAUCUAUAGUUCUUCAAGUCAACCAAGAUAAUUCGUCACUACCAUCAACGACUGCAUGUUGCAUUCGG